AUGAGUUCCUAUUUUGUAAACUCAACUUUCCCUGUGACUCUGCCCGGCGGACAGGAGUCUUUCUUGGGACAGAUACCGUUAUACUCCUCCGGAUACACGGAUCCUUUAAGACACUAUCCUACUGCCGCCUAUGGAGCUACCAAUGUACAAGAUAAGGCUUACCCGUCCUCUUAUUACCAGCAGGCGAGCGGUGCCUACGGUCGGACCAGUACUACCAGUGCAUGCGACUAUUCAUCGGCCAGUUUUUACAGAGAAAAAGACGCCGCCUGCGCGCUCUCAAGUUUAGAAGAACACUCGUUCGUUUUAAACCAGGAUCAGCGUAAAUCAGACUGCCCGGGACAGAAUAAUAGCAUAUUCACAGAUGGCGACGAGAUGAAAUCUUCUGCCCCUGUCUACCCCUGGAUGCAAAGGAUGAAUUCGUGCAAUGGAACCUUCGGCAACACUGGCCGUAGGGGUCGUCAGACAUACACCCGAUAUCAGACACUGGAGUUGGAGAAAGAGUUCCAUUUUAACAGGUAUUUGACCAGAAGGCGUCGAAUCGAGAUUGCGCACGCCCUAUGCCUGACUGAACGGCAGAUAAAGAUAUGGUUCCAGAACCGACGGAUGAAGUGGAAAAAAGAGAACAAACUAAUCAACUCUUCACAAACCAACGCAGAAGAGGAGGAAGAAAAGAGGACAGAAUGACGACAAAGACGCAAUAAUAAUAAUAAUAAUAAUAAUAAUAAUAAUAAUAAUAAUUCUGAUGGUUGCAGAUGAACUCAAAAUAAAAAAAGACUUU